AUGAUAGAACGGAGACAGCAGAGUACCGCUACAAGUCAGCCUGAUCCCGAUAUGGCAUUUUUGCAGAGUAUUUUACCGGACAUGAAGGCAAUGGAUGACAGACAAAAACUGUACUUCAAACGGGAAAUAUUGAACCUAACCGAACAAAUACGAUAUGCGCAGCCUGAUCAUAAAGCGGGAUCCUCAAUAAAUGCUCAAUCAAAAAGCUCUUCAGUGAAUACUUUAUCAAGGGAUUCCUCAAUACAAACCAUUGAAUGCACAUCACCGAAGUCAAUCGAAGACGACGCCAAUGGGGGAGAGCGAUUCUUCAACAUGCAGCAACAAAUUGAACAGGAAGAGGAUUACACUAUGGAGAGGUACCUGAGUUUUCUCCCAAAAUAUGGUUCACAUCCACAGAAAUGA